AUGUCCGGAAAGGGAAAGGGAGGCCGCGGAAAGAAGAUCACCUCUAGGUCGGCCAAGGCCGGACUCCAGUUCCCGGUGGGGCGCAUCGGCCGCUUCAUCAAGCAGGGCAAGUACUCCAGCCGCGUCGGAGGAGGCGCGCCCGUCUACAUGGCGGCCGUGCUGGAGUACCUCACCGCCGAGGUGCUCGAGCUCGCCGGCAACGCCGCUCGCGAUAACAAGAAGGCCCGCAUCGUCCCCCGCCACAUCCAGCUGGCCGUCCGCAACGACGAGGAGCUGAACCGGCUGCUCGGCGACGCCACCAUCGCUUCCGGCGGUGUGCUGCCCAACAUCCACGCCGUGCUCUUGCCCAAGAAGAAGUAA